AUGGUUCAAGACAGNCGACCUGACCCCUUAGUUGACCUAGUUCCUCAGCCAAGGAAUGACCCGACUCUUCAGCUCGACUUGGCUCUUCAGCUAAGGAAUAAUUUGGGUCUUCACUCGAACCAAGGAAUAAUUUGGAAGGAAGGAUUUGGCUCUUCAGCCAACCUGGCUUUUCAUCCAGGGACCGACCUGGCUCCUCAGCCAAGGAAUGACUUGGCUUUUCAGCCAAGGAACGACGUGGCUCUUCAGUUGACCUGGCUUUUCAACCAAGGAAAGAUGUGA